UCUACUGAACUGCUUGUCGUGCAUGGUGGACGAGUAAGUCGUGCCACCCGUCAAAUUUACAUCGACACUACGACAGAAGUUUCUGAUCAAAUGCAGUUCUUGACGUUUACUCUCAACACUGGUGUAGAAGUUCCAAUAAGUGUGGGCAACAGUGACGGAUCUCCAGGAGGACGGUAUCUACACACGGCUGUAUCUUUUCCAGCUCUAUCUGCUAGUGGUCGUCCUGUUGUUUUCUACGGUGGUCUAGACAAACACAGACAUGCGCUCGGAAGUGUGUGGCAUCUGGAAGCGAGCAGAGUUCAAAACGAAGGGUUACACUGGAGCAGCACUGGAGAAGGACCGAGAAGGUGUGGCCACUCGUCAGUGAGUCUCGGAAAUAACAUGCUAGUGUUUGGAGGUUGUAAUCAAACUAUGUGCAUGAAUGAUGUUUAUAGCUACAACGUAGUGCAGCGUACGUGGGUGGAGGUAAAGGGAACGGGUAAGAUUCCCUCUCCCCGUGGAGGUCACAUCGCUAUUGCUGUAGAACAAGCAAAUCUAAUGUUCAUUCAUGGCGGAAUGGAAAUGCCCAUGGCGAGAGGAUCCCAUAGUAACUAUAGUGUGUUCGGAGACACCUAUGUUUUUGACAUAAAAACAAAGAUGUGGCAACAUCUCGAAUUAACUCCGCCUACUAGUUUGACCAUCACCCACGCAGCGUCUGUCUUCUUCCAAUACUCAAAUUACGGUCGCUGGGUUGUGUAUGGCAUUGUUGGGCGUAACUUAGAUGAUCUCGAUAAAGCAGUGCUGGCAGAGUUGACAAUUCAGCUGUCAGAUGGUUCUAUCACAAGUGGAUGGGAAAUAAAAAAUGAGUCGCAAUUUCUACAGUUCCCCAACGGUAGGAUGAUGACUACUUUGAUUAGUUUUAGUACAAGUACUGGAGACCAAAUUGCCUACAUGAUAGGUGGAGCAGAAAGUGUCAAAUCGUCACACCAUCAAUUCUAUGAUCCUCUUCCUGACGUGUGGCUGUUACGGCAACGUGACGGAUCGGCAAAAUCCGAAUGGAUUUACGUGUGCGCCACCAGCGAGCAUCCAGAACCGAGAGCCGGACAAACCGUCACUGUACUAGACGAUGGGCCUAUUGCGCUCUUUGGAGGAGUAGAAAAGAAAUUCUCAUUUGGUACCACGUUUGCCAGUAGUGUGUGGCAAGUAACUAUAAAAAACAGAAAUGUAAACUCUUGGAAAAAGACGAUCCCAACAAGCCGAUUGCUAGCAGGAGUGGUUGGUCACUCGUCCGUGGGAGUUUUCUUGUCAACCGGUGAAUCAAACGACACGGCGGCUUCUGGUGCCAACACAAUUCUUACAUUUGGUGGUUUCUCUAGAGACACAGUAAGUCUGGAAAACCGCAUUACUGUUGUAGCGCCAAACCUUCUUUACUGGCAUGUUUGGUCUCCAAGUAAAAGUCAACCUUCUCCAUGUCCGAGAGCUUUUCACUCCUUGGUUAUUCACAAUUUAACUUUGUAUCUGUUUGGUGGACUCAGCGACCUCUCUUCGAUGAAUUCAUCUGCGCUCAAUGAUACUUGGUCGUUACGUUGGUCGGAAAGCUGGAAGGAGAGCAAAAGCAUCGAUCAAUAUUGGACGCAAAUAGUAACAAACGUAUCAUCUCCCCCUGGAAGAUUUGGUCAUUCUGCUGUCACGCACUACAACGAAGGUAUGGGCGAGUUUGUUAUGUUAAUGUUUGGGGGAACUGAUGGCAUGACGGUCUUUAAUGAUGUCUGGCAACUUUCACUGUCUACGUUGACUUGGAAACAGUUGGUGCCAUCUCGUGUAGACCAACACGCAAAAACCAACAGUCGAAUUAUUAGAGUUUUUGGCCAUUCUGCUUCAAUGAUUGGACACAAAAUGGUAGUCUACGGUGGGUGUAACCAUCCACAUACAAACAACUUUCUUUCUCUUACUGAAAGCUUACCAUCUUGUCCACAAAGUUACGUUUUAGGCAUUGUCGCAUCAUUUGACACUCAGUCGAAUAGAUGGACAAUUGUUGAUAUUAUUGGAAAAACAAUUCCUAGAUAUUUUCAUUCCGCCCUGUUUCAAAGUAGUCACCUUUUCAUUUUUGGAGGCUUAAGUGGCACUGGCGAUCUUUACGACGGAACUUUUGCCAUUAGGCUUGGUUGCAACAAAGGCUACGAAGGCAACUUUCCAAAUGGUACAUGUGUUCCUUGUCCUAAAGGAUACUAUGGCAGCGGUGGAGGAAAACCUUGCCAGAAAUGUGAUAUCCACAGGGCGACGAAUGGUACCGCAAAGGCGUCGAAAACUGAUUGCACUAUUUGCAGUAACGAUGCUUGUGGAGGCCACGGCAAAUGUAAAUUCGAUGAAAAUGAUAAGAUUUCUUGCGAUUGUGACGCACUAUAUGGUGGAACAUACUGCCAAACAUAUACAUGGUAUAUCGUUGUCACGGUGGGAGUACCUGCAUCAUUAGCUGCAAUUUAUAUAGGGUUACAUCAUGUCAAACGUCUUUAUAAAUUACAACAGUCAAAGGCGAUUAAAUAUCAAAGGAUAACAGAUAGUUUCGAAAAAGCUUCCUGUAGUAUCAAUCUUGAUAAAGAAAUAAAACUCGAAGGCACAAUUGGUAAGGGAGGAUACGGAAUCGUAAAGAGAGGUAAGUAUCGACACCAUGCUGACGUUGCUGUGAAAAUGUUGAAACCUGAAGAUGAAGAUAUGAAAGAAGUUGUUUUAAGUUUCAAAAAUUCGUUGAAGAAAGAACUGGAGUGCCUACGAAACCUUCACCAUCUCAAUAUCGCUAAAUUCUAUGGUGCCGGACACGAUGAAAGGACUGAAAGUAUUUUUCUUGUCACAGAACUUGUUCAGCCAGGCAGCUUGCACGACGUUCUUCAUGAACUUGGAAAUGAUGGACAUGUACAACGAGAAUUUUUUGUUCCUCUUACAGAUCGAGUUAAGGUAAACUUUUGUAUGGGCAUUUGUUCAGCGUUGAAAUACUUACGUGAUGAGAAACUCUACAUACAUUGGGACCUAAAUCCAAAUAACGUUUUAGUCUCCAUCGACGGAGAAAUAAAGCUCAUCGACUUUGGGGUUUCCAAAAACAUCGGAGAAAAACCUAUCAUUUCGCAACUGACAAAGGCACACAGAAACGAAGCUAUAUAUAAGGAAAGAAGGACGGCGCAUAUUACACAAGACGAGGCAACACCAUUAGUGUCAAGUACAUCGUUUAGAAAACGAACGAAAAACUGCUACUUAGCACCAGAAUUUUUUCGAAAAAAUUUUACUAUUCAAUCAGAUAUCUACAGCUUUGCAAUUCUGUGUUGGGAGAUUAUAACUCGUAGGCACCCAAGUCAGCACUUUACAGAAGAAGUCGACUGGUAUUCUACAAACGAAUGGAAUUCUGGAAAAGCAAACAACGUGGCCAAACUCUGUCGCGAAGAUAAUCCAUCAAGACCCAACCUGGACCUUAUCAGAGGACAGAAUUACGACUCCAACCAAAACAGCCAGUUCGAGGAGAAGAUGCGGGAAAUAAUAACGGCUUGUUGGAGAAGCAAACCGUCGAGUCGUUGGAGUUACAUUACAAUUAGUGAAAGACUGGUAGACCUUGAACAAUUCUGUCCAGACACUCAAGAUGACGAGAAACGUAACUUCGAAAGCCAAUUACAACGGCUAAGUGAAAUCCUGCAACUGAAGACUGAAAAGAAAAUUCCCGAAGCCACUACAACAUGCUAGCAGACAGAAAUCAUAUAGCAGCAUAGCAAUCGCAACGUCCAGGUAUACAUAUAGAUACAUACAUAUAUAUAUAUAUAUAUAUAAGCUCAAUCUUUAAAUAAACGUCUAAAGGUGCAGACAUGUUGGAAAGUACCUUGCUGUAC